GUUUCCGUCAGGUCCCUUGACCGGUUGGUGAACCGCAUCCCGUCUUGGGGUUUGGGUACCAUCGUCGAGCACGACGACCGGACGAUGACAACGGGAACAACAAAUAUGGGUUUUGUUUGCUUUCUCUGAUUGCAUCAGAUCCUUUCAUGUAUCGGUUCUCUUUCCGGCGAUCUUUUAAAUGAAGGAAAGGAAGAAUGUUUCUGCGUUGAGUCGUAUCUUGGUCAAUUGUGCUUCUCAGCAUUGAAAUUUCUGUAACAUGUUUCAUGGAACUGGAUGAAAAGAAGAUGCUCAUAAGAUUAUAAAAGUUAGAUAUUUUGCAUGAUACUUGUGGAUAAGAUCCAUAAAAUCAGGAUGAAGUUUAUGCAAGAAUUCUAUAAAGAUGCCUGCAGCUCAUUUUGAUAAACAAAAGAAUAUGGAAGGUGCAUUUCGAAAAGAGUCCCAGAGAUAGAGCGUGAUAUGUGUUUGAAGGAAUUUCUUGCACUGAAAGCAUGCAUGCAAAGCACGGAAAAUAUUUGUUGAUCUUAAAGAUCAGAAACAAGGUAUAAGAUUUACUCUGGAGCAGAACAAACAAUUUGGAACCCUGUUUAAAAUCUUGGAAGAUCUUAAGUCUCCAGCGAGCAUUUUGCCCCAAGCAAGUAAUUAGAAUUGUAUAGUAGACAAGUAGACCAUGUCUGGAAAAGCUUCUAGCGAUCCAUCUCAGGUAGGACUGAGUGGUUCUGGUGCUCUCUCUCAUGUUUAUAUUCAGCAUCCACCCUUACGAUGCAAUGUUCCUGGAACACAAGGACUGUAUUAUGAUGAUGGGAAUAAGUUGCUACUUGCUCCAUCAUCUGAUCAGGUUUUAUCCUGGAAAGUUGGUCCAUCUACUCAAUCAGAUCCUCCCAAUUCUGAUUUCAUUGGUGAAGGACCUGUUUUAUCUAUUAGGUAUUCCCUAGAUGGGAAGUUAAUAGGGAUUCAAAGGUCUAAUCAAGAGAUCCAAUUCAUAAACAGAGAAUCUAGGGAGACAUUUAGUCGACGAUGCAGGCCAGAUUCUGAAAGCAUACUUGGUUUCUUUUGGACAGAUUGCCCAUCCUGUGAUGUUUUAUUGAUAAAGACAAGUGGUAUAGACCUGCUUUCUUAUGAGCCUGACUUGAAUACUCUCCGUUUGGUGGAGGCUAAACGAUUCAGCGUGAGCUGGUAUGUUUACACUCAUGAAAGUCGGAUGGUUCUUCUUGCUUCUGGAAUGCAGUGUACUAUAUUUUCCGGAUAUCAGUUUUCGUCUGGAGGGAUCAUUCGCUUGCCAAAGUUUGAGAUGGCAAUGGCCAAGGCUGAGGCAAACCACAAACCUGUUCUAGCAGCAGAAGAUAUUCAUAUAGUUAUCAUCUAUGGUAGGGUAUACUGCCUGCAAUUUGAUAGGGUGAGCAUGCAACUCAACUUAUAUAGGUUUUACCGUGAUGCUGUUGUGCAACAGGGGGCUCUUCCAAUUUAUUCAAGCAGGAUUGCCGUGAGUGUGAUUGAUAAUGUACUACUAGUUCAUCAAGUGGAUGCAAAAGUUGUCAUCAUCUAUGAUGUAUUUUUAGAUUGCCUAUCACCAAUAUCUGCUCCCCUCCCUCUCCUACUGAGGGGUUCUUCAGUUUCUGGUAGACAAGCAUUGCAGGUUGAGGAUAAUCUAACUAGUGCAUAUGGCGCAAUGAUAUAUGGAGAUAGUUGGACUUUCCUUGUUCCUGACCUUAUUUGUGAUAUUGAUAAUGGCCUUUUAUGGAGGAUCUGCUUGGAUCUAGAGGCUAUUGCUUCAAGUAGCUCUGAUGUUCCAUCAGUUUUGGAGUUCUUGCAACGUCGGAGGUCAGAUCCAAGUAAGAUUAAGAUGUUAUGCUUGUCAAUAAUGCGUGCUAUUAUGCUGGAAAGAAGACCGAUAUCAAUUAUCACAAGGGCAAUAGAUGUGCUUGUCACUUCUUAUGCACACUUGGUUAAGAUGGAGAAUGCUUUUCAGGGAGGAGACAGAAGUUCAAAGAAAAGCCAAAAUUCAGGCAGCCAAAGUGCAAAUACCUCCAACAUUGUAUCUGCAGAAUCUUUGGAUGAAACAAUGAAUCGGGGAAAAUCCAUCAUCAAGGGAGCAGAGAGUGAAACUCAACAGUCAACCAUCAGAAAUUUAGUGAAUGUGAAUGAUAAUCAUGCUAAAAAAUCUACAAGUAAAGCAUCAUUAGAUUCAGUUUCUGAUUCUGAUGGUGAUGCAAAUUUGGAUGCCAUGAGAAGCAAUUCAGGCGAAUCUCUUGAUAAGUAUUUAUCAACUGAUUUGCUUUCUUCAGAUGCUAUGCAAGACAUAAAGAAAAAUAUGAAACAUGAUUAUUUGAAACAAUCACCAAUAGAAUCAGAAGGACUUGGAUGUAGCAGCAGCAGAUCAGAUUCUUGUAUUUCAAACCAGCAGGAACCUCAAAUCAUUAGUGUGGCAAUCUCACUGGAUGAAAUGUACCACUUUGUCUUUGCACUUGUUGAGGAAGAAUUGGGAGGUGACCCUGCAUACUUGAUUGCAGUUAUUGUUGAGUGUCUACGCUGUUCUACCAAGGAGAAACUCAGAGUUCAUCCUAACCUGUACAUGAUGAUGAUCCAAAUGCUAGCACGCACCAACCGCUAUAGUGAACUUGCAUUGUUUGUUACAAACAAGAUCUUGGAGCCAUCUAAAGAAGUUGCCUUACAACUUUUAGAACAAGGUCGUCAGAACUUUCAGAUUCGAAAGCUGGGUAUGGAUAUGCUUAGACAGCUUUCUUUACAUCAUGAUUUUGUCACUGUACUAUUGCAAGAUGGAUACUACCUCGAAGCUCUGCGAUAUGCUAGAAAACACAAGGUUAUAACAGUGCAGCCAUCCCUAUUUCUUGAAGCAGCAGUUGCGGCUAAUAACUCUCAACAUCUUGCUGCAGUGCUGAGAUUUUUCUCCGAUUUCACACCAAGCUUUAAGCUCACAUCUGAUUACAACAGAUACCACACAAUGCUGAUUGAAAUGAGUUAGCUGGUGGUGGUAGUUAUUAUGGAUCAUUGAAACAUGAUAAAAGUCUCAAAGCCAUUGACUCCUUUAUUCAGCAAUAUGCUACUUCAGGGUAUUGGAUAUUUUGUCAUUUUAGUUUCGUGUUGGAUUUACGGGGUAGAACGCAAUGGAUCUGAUUAUGUAGUUGAGGCAAUAAGAGACUAUUAUUGUUACGGUGCAUCAAAUUAUUAGGAAAUAAGAUAAUUUUGUGCUGCUGUUA